UUGGUUUUCUUGUCAGUGACUCAGUGAAUAUAGGAGGAGUAAAGAUGGCGGACAACGGCGGCGUAGAGCCUGUGAAUAACAACAAUAAUAAAAAUACCGCUUCGGAGGGGACAAUAAUCAAAGUCACAGUCAAAACUCCAAAGGAUAAGGAGGAAAUCGCCAUCUCAGAGGAUGCCUCAGUCACACAGUUCAAGGAGGAGAUCUCCCGGAGGUUCAAGGCCAAGCAGGAUCAGCUGGUGCUGAUCUUCGCCGGGAAGAUCCUGAAGGAUGGCGACACGCUCAACCAGCACGGCAUCAAGGACGGCCUGACGGUCCACCUGGUCAUCAAGACCGCACACAAAGCAGCAGAUGGCGCCGGUUCACAGGCUUCUGCCUCGUCCAGCUCGGGCGGCCCCCCGGUCAGCAGCAGCUCCAGCCCUGCCAGCCCCAGCCCGGCCGUCACCUCCUCCCCCGCGGGCCCCAACAGCAGCGGGUCCACAGCGGCCCCCACACAGCCAGCAAACCUGCUGACGGGCUUCGGCGACCUCUCCAGCCUGGCGGGCCUGGGCAUGGGCUCGGCCAACUUCAUGGAGCUGCAGCAGCAGAUGCAGCGGCAGCUCAUGUCCAACCCGGAGAUGCUGUCCCAGAUCAUGGAGAACCCGCUGGUGCAGAACAUGAUGUCCAACCCGGACCUGAUGAGGCAGAUGAUCGUGGCCAACCCGCAGAUGCAGCAGCUGAUGGAGAGGAACCCCGAGAUCUCGCACAUGCUCAAUAACCCCGAGCUCAUGAGACAGACCAUGGAGCUGGCGCGGAACCCCGCCAUGAUGCAGGAGAUGAUGCGGAACCAGGACCGGGCGCUUAGCAACCUGGAGAGCAUCCCGGGCGGCUACAACGCCCUGCGCAGGAUGUACACGGACAUCCAGGAGCCCAUGUUCAGCGCCGCGCGUGAGCAGUUUGGGAACAACCCGUUCUCGGCCCUGGGUGGGAACUCGGACGGCUCCGGGGUGCAGCCCUCCCGGACGGAGAACCGCGAGCCCCUGCCCAAUCCCUGGGGCCCGCCCGGCUCGGCCGCGCCCGCCGAGGGGGGAGGAGGCGGGACGGGCACCUCCUCCUCCACCACCACCACCUCCUCCUCCACCUCCGGCCAGAGCGGAACCACGCCCAGCGUCUCCAACCCCCUGGGCCUCGGAGGAGCCAGCCUGGGGAACGGCAUGUUCAGCAGCCCCGGCAUGCAGUCGCUGCUGCAGCAGAUCUCGGAGAACCCGCAGCUGAUGCAGAACAUGCUGUCCGCGCCCUACAUGCGCAGCAUGAUGCAGUCGCUGGCACAGAACCCGGACGUGGCCUCGCAGGUGAUGAUGAAUAACCCGCUGUUUGCUGGGAACCCCCAGCUGCAGGAACAGUUCAGACUGCAGCUGCCCGUCUUUCUGCAGCAGAUGCAGAACCCGGAGGCGCUGUCGGUGAUGACGAACCCGCGGGCCAUGCAGGCGUUACUGCAGAUCCAGCAGGGCCUGCAGACGCUACAGACUGAGGCCCCAGGGCUCAUGCCCAGCCUGGCGCCCGGUGGAAUCCCCACGACCCCCCUGCCCACGGGAGUGGGAGUGGGAGUGGGCGUGGCCCCGGAACCCACCACGCCCGCCGGCGGCGGAGGCCCCACCCCCGCGGCGCCCGGGACGAGCCCCGCCCAGCAGCAGCUCAUGCAGCAGAUGCUACAGAUGUUCGCUGGAGGCGGAGCUUCGACCCAGACCCCGGAGGUGCGGUUCCAGCAGCAGCUGGAGCAGCUGAGCGCCAUGGGCUUCAUCAACCGCGAGGCCAACCUGCAGGCCCUGAUCGCCACGGGGGGAGACAUCAACGCCGCCAUCGAGAGACUGCUGGGCUCGCAGCCCUCUUAAACCCCGCCACACCCCGGGGGGCAGGGGGUGGGGUUCGGGUGGUUUUUCGGGAGGGGAGGGGGGGGAGGCGGCAGACAAAGUUAUCACAGAAAUGUAUUUUUCCCCCCACCCCCCCAAAAAAAAAACGACACAAAGAUCACAAAAUGAAGCGCAGAUCGACCCAGGUGUGCCACGCCCCGUCCCCCCAGACCACGCCCCGUUCCCCAAACCCUGCCCCCGUUAUUCGCUCGCCAAAUCCUUCUCGUCUGAUGAUUGGUUAGUCCUCCGACAAGGCCGCCAUAUGAUCUGGUCUUGACGCCCCUCUCCCACCUCAAGACUGCCCCGUCUCUCACUGAUUUUGGGGGGAAGUGGGUUGCACGUGUGCCCCCUUUUCAUUAAUUUUAUUUUUCUGUUCUUUUUGGGGGGCAGGGGAGGGUAGGCCUACCAUUGUAGAGUGAAAGAUUCCACUGCCAAAAAAAAACAUCACCACCCCCCCCCCCCCCCCCCACCUCACCAUGACACCCCCAAGAACCAGCUAAGGCCUCGGCGAAUCAGGAGAAAGUGAGGUUUUUUGUUUCGUUUUUCUUCGAGACGACCUGUCACUCAAGCUGCUUAAGUGGGGGAGGGGCUCUCCCGAGCGUGAGGCGUAGAACCUACUUGGCAAAAAAAAAAAAAAAAACAGACAAAAAAAAAAGAGUUGGGAUUCUUAGAAAAGUCACGGAGAAAGGCUUCAUUUUCGCUAGGCCUCGAUCCUGUCACCACCCUCUCUCUCUCGCUCUCUCUCUCCCUCUCUCUGUAGUCCUGAGUUCAUGCCUGCUUGACUUCACUAUUUAUUGCAAGUGCUGUAGAAGAUUUCCUGUUUGCUCAACCCUUAGUAGCCGUUUCCUAUUCGCUGACUGCAGCACAACAGCCCCGCCCCCUCACUCACCCCCCCACCAUAUCUAUUCUGUUGUCAUUCCAAAUAUUUUGCUGAUGAGACCAUUGGACCCCCAACCAACCCCCCACCUCUCUCUCGCCUUAGGCCCUGUAGCGCCGACCCCCCCCCUGGCCCGCCCCCCUUGGCUAUGGUGACUCCUCCCACCCAGCCCCCCAAACUCCACCCACUCGGAACGUGAUUGGUUACCCGAAGCAGGACUUAAAAUCAGGCACUUUGACGCGAUUUGAAAUCAGUUUAAUCAAAAAACAAGUAUCCUGCAAAAUGUUUUUUUUUUUUUUGUUGUUUUUUUUUGGGAGGGGGAGGGUGGGAUGGAGGGGUCAUGUGACAAACAUCAAUAAACUGGUUUUAAAGCUGGAGUUGGAGCUGGUUGAACACGGAUUUCUUUCUUUCAUUUUAAUCCGAUCACUUACGUGUUUUUAUUUUUUGAGGUGCUAUAGUGCCUAGAAAAUGAUCUGUUGUGUAUCUCAUUUUAAUCUCCUUUAAAAAAAAAAAAAAAAAGACAAAAUAAGAAAAAAGAAACAACAGCUUUACUUUUUUUUUCGUAUGGUCGCACCAUACUGUUAAAAAAAAAAGAAAAAAAAAAUGAACGAUAAAAAUCUAGGUUGCUCUUGAAAUCUCAGCCUCGUAGUUGUGGUAACCUUGGUAACGGCUCUAAAGCUUCGCUUAUUUUGUCCGCUUUGAGAGCUCCGGUCCAUCACCUGAUUGAACAUGUUGAAACUAACGUUUAACAGUACUGUACUAAAAAAAAUAAAAUGAAAUAAAAAUAAAGAAAGGUUGGUCAAUAAGCUC